ACUCGGUUUCUCUCACAACCCGCAAUCGCAUGCGCUUCCUUCUCUUCUAUCUUGCUUUCUCACCCUCUAUUCUUCGCAUCUUGCUGUGUCCGUGUUCGUGUGUAUUGUGUGCGGGCCAAGCCAAAGUGCGUCGCUUUUUACGCCUUCUUCGUCUUUCUUUCCUUCCUCUCUUCUUCUGCUUCGUUACUUUCAGCCGGGAAAACUCGACCCCAGCUCACAAAGUCGUUACAUUUCCGUUGCUUGCUCUAAAAAUCAUAGACCCCUUUACACUCCCACAGGAGAUUCUAUACUUGAUUUGACGUUUGGAAUAUACACAGAGUACUACAAUCGUUACCAAGUCAAGAGACUGGAUCUUAAGUUCUUAACGGAUAAUAUUAUUCUUACUUUAGAAAACCGCUCUGCAUUCUGCUGUGUCUCUUUCUAGGGUUUUGCGGCCAAAAGACCUUCGCAUUUGGGCUGUAUCAUGAGAGCCAGAUUGGUUGUGUUCCCAAUACGAGGUAGGAUCUGGUGCUUUAGCCGAUCCGCUGACCCGUCCGUUUCGGUCUCUGAGGCUUCCUCUCAGGCUACUACAUUCAAAGAGCUCCGCGAAAACGUUUCUAUCAGUGGUAAAUCCUUUAGCGCCAAUGCCGAGCUUUUGGUAGACUUCGUGGCCAACAAGAUGAAUAAAGCUUGGAUUGGAUUGGAAAAGGCACCAGAAGGAAGUUUUAAAAAUAAGGUUCAUGGAUUGGGCUUACGGCUUUUGUCGCGGGUUAAGCCGUCUGAGAUAUUUUUAAGAUCUAUAACAAAGGACAUUACUCGGGUUGAAGUGAUUUACCCAUCUAGUUUGGAUGCUCGACUUGUUCGCCGAAGACUAAGGCAUGUGGCCAUGAGAGGAACAAUCAUCCACAAGAAAUACUUGUAUGGUUCAGUUUCAAUGCUUCCACUGACCUCUUCCCUUGCCGUUUUACCUAUGCCUAAUGUCCCGUUCUUCUGGAAUUUAUUUCGAGCUUAUUCUCAUUGGAGAGCCCUUCAGGGAAGUGAGAGGCUUUUUCGACUAGUCUCGGAAUCUUCUAUCAAUAAGAAGGAAAUCGAGCAAAAGGACUCUAGAAGUGAAAACCAUAAUUCACCUGAGCCAUAUUGGGUAUUGAAGCCAUCUGUGGAACUUGAGAGUCUAGCCCGUCGUGAUGAAGAUGAAGAUGGUCUUAGUCAAACUGCCAUCAAGAGAAUUUGCAAGAUCUAUGACUUGGACACCAAUGAUGUCAUAAAAUACAGGAAGCUUGGUUAGCUACUAUAUUUAAUGCAACAGUAUUACAUUGGCAUUUCCAUUGGAAUUCAUUUGUUUUUCCCCACAAAUCCUUUGUUCAGAUUUCUUUUUUCUUCUCUAUCUUUUGGAGCUACAAGAGUUCCGCUGACUAUGUUUUAAUGCCUCCCAUAAAGCCAUGGAAUUUUGUAAUAUAGGCAUUCAACCUUCACUUGUUGGAUUUGGGCUUCAGUAGGACUUGGGAAACUGGUUGAGCUACAGAUGAUUGAGGUGUAUGAUGAAUGAAAGAUAAAAACAUUCAAGUUCUUUCAA